AUGGCAGAUGCAGACGGACGCUCUUACAAUGACCAGCUAUCGACGGACGAACCCCACAGACCCGCGGCCCAGGCCCUGAGGCGCGCCCACGGACUACACCGCUCAUGGAUCGCAGCCGCACGGACUACACCGCACGGACCGGGGAGCUGCACACGCAACAGGGAUCCAUCGCGCCCGCGGCUCUGUGUGCGCGGCGGCGUCACGGCCGGAGCGUGGAGAGGCAGCUCACACGGAGGAUAG